UGCUUAACUUGGCCUUUUAUGUUUUCUCUCUUUCUGUCAUGACUAGGAACUAUGCGGUUUCGUGUGAUCAUUGCACCAGAUGACAUAAGAAGACUCCACAUCGAAAGCCUUCCGGACACGCUUGAUGCAUUCAUCGAUAUACUGAAGAGAGAACUAAGUUUGGAUGGAACGCUGAUAGUGCAAUUUGAAGACCCAAGCUUCGGCAAUGAAUUAUGUAAUCUGACAAGCAUGUCUGACCUGACAGGAGACACGACUACAUUGAAGGUUUUCCAGAAGCAUAUCCAAGAGUCUUCAAAUGUCCAGGACACCUCCAAUGAUGAUCAGCUUUCUGAUUCCACACUCGACACUGCUAGCUUGCCAUCAACCUCCUCUGGAGAAUCAACUCCCAAACGCAGUGGAUAUCUACCAGACCCUUUCAUCAUUCCAAAGUUCCCAACAGACAUGGAGUUGAGACUACAGCGUGGCAAUGAGGCAUAUUUCAGAGAUGGCUCUCUUUUGGAAGUGUCUAAAUCUAUGUCCAGUGCCAUCCUCGAUACAUUGGCAGAGGCGCUGUUUGAAAUAAAGACCCACCCUAGCCCUGGAGAUUGUGCCAUUGUUGCCAAAGCUUUGGUGGAAAAAUUUCCUUGCCUAAAAGAACCUGGCUCAACAUGUGGGUGGUAUGCCUGGAAAUACAGCAUAUCCUUCAAAAUGGGGAAUUUCAGGCAGCAGUUACGCAUUGCUGGGUCAGUGGAACUUUCUGUGCACAAACGGUCAGCCUCCGGGGAUUCCAAGAGACCACAGAAAGCCAUGAGGUCCGAGGUGAAUUUUCUGCCAGAACACCCUCAGAAUAGAACCAUGGAAAUGCUUGAACAAGACCGAAACGAUUUACAGAGUGAAAUGAAGAAAAAGAAUGUGGACUGGAAGAAAGUCGAUGCCCUUAUGGACAGCACCUUUUCACUGAGGAGGAAGGAGGUCAUCAGAGAGGAGCCUUUGGUCAAAGAUCUCAAAACCAGAUGGCCAGCGUUGUUCACUGAGCGGCAGAUUGAAGCAGAAUUCAGACGGAUUGUCUCCAAGAACCUGAAGCAGUCAUUUUUUGAUGGCCUGGAUGAGUUGGUCCCAAGAUUUCUGCGUGUUUACAGACAGAGGCAGACAGUGAAGGAACUUCCGGCUAUCCUCGCCUCUCUUGAUGAUGAUAACUCAAAUCAACAGAAGAGAGCCGUUGUUCUCCUUGCCCUGCCCUAUUUUAUGAAGGAGGACCCUUCCAAUUUCUUCAAAAUCUGUAAGCCAAAUGAGGAGAGUGAAGCGGUCAAGGGAAUGGACGUGGGAAUCCUCAUCCUUACAGAGAAUGAACAGCGCCCUCUCCCCAAGGAGGUGAUCGAUGUCGCACUUGCACUGGAGGAGGAUGUCGUUCUCCGAAACCUCAAAGAUGUGCCUCACGCGUUUUCAUUGCUGAUGGGUCUGCUUUAUGGUCUCAACAUCCACUACCCAAAAGGACUCAGGUACAUGUUUGAGGUCAUACAGAAGGUGAUAAUGAAGAUUGGUGCAGAGUCUUGCUCCGCAAGAGUUAAUAGUGUCCGGAACAGGCUCAUGUCCACACGCAUGUGAUCGGACACGCAUCUUUAAGUGAUAUGCCUCACGCGUUUUCAUUGCUGAUGGGACUGCUUUAUGGUCUCAACAUCCACUACCCAAAAGGACUCGGGUACAUGUUCGAGAUCAUACAGAAGGUGAUAAUGAAGAUUGGCGAUGAGUCUUGGUCCGCAAGAGUUAAUGGUGUCCGGAACAGGCUCAUGUCCACACACAUGUGAUCGGACGCGCGUCUUUAAGUGGAGUUGUAUGACGUUUUCUCUCUUUAAAUGGUUUAGUUUUUUAUACUUCGAGUUUGAAAGGUGAGGGUAGCAAGUCUGUUCAAAUGACUGGACUAUGUUUUUUUUUUUCUGGCCCUUGUAGACGUGUAUUUU